CUCACAUGUCAGAGGACUGUCGACUGCUCUGGUCUCGGCCGUGGUCGUCGUUGUGCUGGUCGUAAGACGCCAGUCGUAGAAUGGACACGCUGGCGAUAAGACAUCGGCGGCAGGCGUCUUGAGCUGCAGAGGAUCACAAUGAGCAGUCAGUCCAUGACAGGCAGGACCAUGGUGCCGACCAUACCGUCCGUGAUGUUCAUUUUCGGUGUGGUGGGGAACGUCAUCGCCAUAGUGGUCCUGUGUAAGUCCCGGAAAGAGCAGAAGGAGACCACGUUUUACACUCUGGUGUGUGGACUGGCGGUCACGGAUCUCUUGGGGACGCUCCUCGCCAGUCCAGUCACCAUCGCCACUUACGUGAAGGGGUCUUGGCCCGGGGGGGACCUGCUGUGUCAGUACUUUGGAUUCACCAUGCUCUUCUUCUCUUUGGCUGGACUCAGCAUCAUAUGCGCGAUGUCGAUAGAGCGAUACAUCGCCAUCAAUCACGCGUACUUCUACAACGACUACGUGGACCAGAGACUGGCGGGGUUGACGCUCGUCGCGAUCUACAUCUCCAACGCGCUUUUCUGCGCCCUGCCCGGCAUGGGUUUCGGACAAGUGAAGAAACAAUACCCGCAGACGUGGUGUUUUAUUGAAUGGAGGAGCAACGUGAGCAGCGACGCCGCCUUCUCCUACAUGUAUGCCGGCUUCAGCUCCAUUCUCAUCCUCCUCACCGUCAUCUGCAACGUGCUGGUGUGCGGGGCUCUCAUCCGGAUGCACCGCCUCUUCGUUCGCAGGCUGUCUCUGGGAACCGACGUGGGGAGGAGUGUAGACCCGAGGAGGAGAGGACGUAGUUUCGGACAUCUGGCCGGUGCAGAAAUCCAGAUGGUCAUACUGCUCAUUGGCACAUCGGCAGUGGUCCUCAUCUGCUCCAUUCCGCUUGUCGCACAGGUGUUUUUGAACCAACUGUAUAAAACUCCCGUGGAGUUACGGCUGGACAAGAAUCCUGAUCUAAGGGCCAUACGUUUCGCCUCCUUCAACCCUAUUCUGGACCCCUGGAUCUACAUCCUCCUUCGCAAGGCCGUGCUCCUCAAACUCAUAGAGAAAAUCAAGUACCUCUUUUGCAAAAUGGGAGCACGGAGGCAGCAGGGACAGGGAAACUUCCACUGCAUAAAUGCUCACCAACUGUCCUCCAUCAUCUCGGCACACAACUCCCACUCCCUGGUACCCCAUGACCUGCGAGAUGUCACCAGCAACUCCCAGACUUUUCUGUACCUCCCCGAGGGACGUGAGGUGUGCACCAGAAGCUGUCGCCAUACAGAGACUCAAACACAGUCUGGGCCCAGGCCCUCGUUAGACAGACAUUCUCAAGCUUCUUAUUCCUUGCAGCAAGGCAGCACUGAGGUUCAAAGUGGAGAAAAUGGGACUAAUGGUGUUGAAGACCUCUCAGCCGGCGUGGUUUUUCAGUCCUGCCCAAAAAACCCAGCACUUCAGGUAUCACUAAACUCUGGGGCAGUGGAGGAAAAAUGUAUCUGAGGCUUCUGUGGUGUCUGCGAGACUCUUGUUUAAAAGGACAGUUUUCAAACUGCUCAGAGGUUAUCUAAGCAACGAGGACUUUAUGUUAGAAACCUCUCGCAAACAGGGUAGUGCACAUACAAUUUGGGCCAUUUUGUGAGGUCUGUAAAUGGAGGAAGAAGUCUGUGUUCUCACCUUCAAUAUGAAGCUACCUCUGCAAUGAAUAUUUACAACUAUAUGACUGUAUUUUGUUUUUUGUCAUUUUGCCCAAAAACAGGCUUGGCUAUAACCAAGAUGACCAACUUCUUAAUGACUGGCAUAUCAGGGGUGGCACAGCUAUUUCGAUUAUCUUUGUUCAGACAUUGUGGAAACCUUGACUUUGUGAAGUCCAUGUGGCAGUAAUCCAGAAUGACUGAGUCAUAAGCUUGUGGUCCGAGUAGAAAAUCAGAGAGCACUGAAUAAAAUCCUCAUGAGUAAUCAUUGGUAUGUGUGGUACCACUGUAUUGCUGAGCAAGCGUCAAAUAGUUUCACCUACUCUGCUGUAUUUGUAAGAUGUGCAAUAGGUGUUGUUCUAGUUCCAUGACAGAUAUAGAGUGAAGUAUUGUGGUCUUGGUAAAACACCCUUGUCUCUUGGCCUGGGAGUACACACAAUCAUGUCGUCUCCAAUAAUCCCAAAGAUGUUCUUCUUUCCCUAUAUAGUGGGGCUACAGUGAUCCCUGCACCAUAGUCAUAAAGAGACUAGCAAAUGCCUUUCAUUGCCGCUAAUAGCAAACCAUUUACAUGUGACUGGAAAUGUACAAUGCUAUUUCCACUGCCAGCUAAUGUUUGGUGUAAUGUCGGUAAAGAGGAUGUCCUACGGCUUACACUCUGAGAAAUGCACCCAUAAGAGUCAGCUGUAGUGUAGAGGAAAAAAACAAAAACAAAACAUGUUCCUAAUGUUUAUUGUUGUGUAAAUUCUCUCAGAAAUAAAGAUUUUGUUCUUCUCUAUGAGAAGGUUCCA